GCCAAGGCUGGGGCCGCGGGGAGGGAGGGGCGGCCCGGCGGCCCUGAUGUCCAGGUCUUAUGCAGCAUGGCUGUGACAGGUGUCCGAUUGCUCAGUGGUGCUCUAAGGAAGUCAGACACCUGGAUCCGACUACGGGGUGUGCUUCAAGGAACACCUUCACACAGACUGUAUGUUUCCUGGAACCAACACUUAUAUAUUUCUAGCACCAAGUUAAUUGCGCCAUAUUAUAACACACUUUCCCAACAUAGUUUUUCUCUCAGACUUCCUGGGCUUUUAGUAUCUCCAGAACAUAUUCCAUGUUCUAUAAGACUCAAAAGCAAUAUAAGCUCUAAGAAAUCUGCUAAAAAGACUCUGCAAAAAGCAGAUGAGGCGGACUCUGAUGAUGAGGGUGCUCGCAGCGAGAGGAGUGAGCAGGAAGAGGAGCUUGAGGAGGACCCCAGUGUGCCCAAAGACUACAAAGACCUGGACAAAGUCGUGCAGUCUUUUCGGUAUGAUGUCAUCCUGAAGACUGGCCUUGAUAUUGGGAGAAACAAAGUAGAAGAUGCAUUCUACAAAGGUGAACUGAGACUGAAUGGGGAAAAGUUAUGGAAGAAAAGCAGAACGGUGAAAGUAGGCGAUACUUUGGAUCUUCUCAUCGGAGAGGAUAAGGAAGCAGAAACCGAGGUGGUGAUGCGAGUUCUCCUGAAAAAGGUGUCUGAAGAGAAAACGGAAAGUGAAAAAUACCGCGUCGUGCUCCGACGGUGGAAGAAGCUACAGUUGCCAAAGAAGAGCCGGUCUAAAUGAACGCGCUCGCGGGGCACUCUCCCUCAGAGCCACUCGCAGUGAGCGGGCCGCAUCCCACAGGAUCUUUUCCCCUUGUGCACCAGCUGAGCCGUUGGUGGAGGCUGGGGCUCCCGCCCACCCACGUCUGAGAGCCUUUUGACUGCAUGCCUGAGGGACUGGGCGCGUGACCUGCCCGCUGUUCCCAGCCAUCUACCUCGGAGUCUGCGCAAUAAACUGCCUUUGUUGUC